AUGGCUACUCCCGACGUGGUUGCCUUCGCGGCCAAUCCUUCAGAAUCUGCCGCGCUGCAAGGACAUAAAGCAAAGACGCCGAUCAUUGCGGGCGCUGUAUCCGGAUCAUGCGUCGGCCUCGCAUGGAUCGUUGGACUCGCUAUCUACAUCUACAAGCGGCAGCGGCGGAAGGCCCGCGCUCGCGCUGCGGGGCUGACGAGUCAUCGCGAUCUCGAACAGCCCGGGAAUAUUAAGGAGAAGUACAGGAUCCCUCCCGACCCUGCACUUGCCCCUAAGACCAUACCUGAAGUCGCCGGGCAUGGCUUGGAUCCAUCGACGCACACCGUCGACCCCGAGAGAGACGCUGCAGGCUCUUCUGACUCUCAUACGGCUAGAGACCGGACUACCAGCGACUCACCUUCACGCAAAGUACCCGUGGGUGAACGUGUGCAGUCUUCUGUUGUCCAGGUGGAUCCUCCAUCGAAACCGCAGACUUGA